UUUCUGUUUAUUCUCUCGUAGGUUGUCCUUUCAAGCUUUGCCGCACUGACUCUUACCUGCACUGAACGCUGUCUUAUCUGCAGUCACUGCCACUGAUGGACGGGAACAUGACUCAAGUUCAGAAUACGCCUGCCACCCUCUCAGGAAACCAGAUCCCGAACAAGAAUCAGCCUUCUCUCUCACAACCUCUGAGUGUCCCUUCAACUGCCACUCCGCUGCCCUCUGAAAACGCAGGUCGGCCUCUUCAAAAUUCUGCUUUACCCCCAUCAUCGGUUACAUCAAUUAGCGCAGCUACAGGUUUGUAUCAGAGUUUUAGACUCCCGAUGUUCUGUUCUGGUGAUCUGCAAACCCACAGAUCAUUAUUCCCACUUUCUAUGCACAAUAUUUAUUAUAUUGAUAGUAAUCCAGUAAGCGUUUUAAGGGGGUUACGUAGGAGAGUUGGUGUAUCGAACACUGGCAUGGUACACCCUAACUAAAUCUAGUCUAUAUGUGUACUAUAUAUCCAUUUAUUUAUUAUACCUGAUGGUAUUAUAUAGUGUCUUGUGCUGGUCGUUUUAUAGGACCACUCCGGGCACCAUAAUAACUUAAUUUAAAGGAAGUUAUCGUGCCAUAAGAUUCCUGCACCGGCUUACCUUUUAAGGAUUAAACUGUUUAACCCCACAGUCCAGUCCAGCCCCCUGUCAUUCCACUGCUCAGACCCUUGUGCUUCGGCCAGGGGCACAUCUGAUAGGCUGAGAGCAUCAGCUGAAGCUAUAAGGCAAUUAGUAGCUCCCCGUUCACAAAACAGCAGGAGAGAAAUGCAUUGGUGAAUGCGCAGCAUUUGAUGGGCUUAGAGUCUCAGCUAAAAUUCCAAGCAAAAAAGCUGUGCCCCUGGCCGAGGCUUCCUUUUUUAAGGGUCUGGGCAAUGGAAGGACAAGGCUAGAACAAUUGGGGGGAUGGAUACUGGACUUUGUGGUUAAACUAUUCGUGAACAGUUUAAUUGUUUAAAGGUAACUGGCGCGGCAGACCUUGUGGCACCAUAACUCCAUUCCAAUGAAGUUAUUAUAGUGCCAAGAGUGCCACUUAAAGCGAGGGAACUAUAAUUGUAUUGGUUUCUAACAGGUUGCCAUAUCCUCUUUCUUUCAGUUUCUUCUAACAUGGCAAACCCCAAAGAGAAAACUCCGAUGUGUCUUGUGAAUGAGUUAGCACGUUUCAAUAAAGUCCAACCCGAAUAUAAACUACUGAGUGAGCAGGGCCCCGCUCAUUCAAAGGUAAUCCCCACACUAAGUUUAUUGUGGGUGGGCUGGGAAGGGGACUGUAAGGUGUCUCUAUGGUCACCAUCAUUUUAACCUUCUAUAUGUUGCAUUAUGCCGUUCUCAGUCUUUGAAAGAUCUAUUUACUUUGUACUGAAGUGUAGGAGCGGCCGGGACGAGUCCUGCAUAGCAGUUCCUGCAGCAAUCAUGGUGCUUGUAUGUUCUGACUUAAAUAUAACCUUGUAACGGCAUGUUUACACCCUCAGAGACAGACUAAUGCUUAUCUGAGGGAAUAAGUCUCUCUUGCUUUACUCUGGGUUCACGAAUGAGCGUAGGAUGGCUAGAGUGGGAAUUUAUUUCGCAGUUAUAAUUUCUUUCGUGGCUGUGAGCGUGUAAUAAGCUCUUGUGAUGCUAGCGACUGGAAGAUUGUUAAAUAGUCUCAAUCAGUGGUUCAUGUUUAUUUUAAUCAUUUCUCCAUGUUAUAACAGUUUCCCUUAGCUUAAAAAUCUCUUUUCAGGGUGGAAUCCUUUUUAAUUUUUUUUGUGUGUGUGUCUGUCUGUCUCGUAUUCUAGGAACUGACCUAACAAAGAAGUUUACAUUUAAUUUCUGAAUUCUUGUGAUGGAAUUUUUUUUUAAAAAGAACCAUUUGUACACAGAGAAUAAAUCCAGAGACUGAAACCAGUGUCUGCACAUUCUCAUUUCUAGUAACAGGGUCCACAGCCAUACAAACGGGUUGUUUGUGUACUGGGCAGGGAUAGACAGAUUAUCGUUUCCGCCAAUUAUUAGAGCCGAUAUUCAUUCUGUAUCGGUAAUUUAUUGAUAUCUUGCUCACCUCUCUUAAGUCACCGCACGCCACCUAAUCCAUGCGGAAACUGUAGCUGCCAUCAAAUGAGGCGCCACGUCACAACCUCACAUCACUGUGAGUCCCAACAUACUGAGCUCAGCUGAAGGCAGGGUGAGACAUUGAAAAUUCUGCUGUGCUGUCUGCGCUUACAUUCCUAUCCAUAACAGCCGUUGUACAUUCUAGCUUCUCACUGAUCCAAACAUGUACUGGCUGCCUGAGAUUUAUAGGAGUUUGUUUAGUUAAUGCCAUUGUGUUGCUUUUUCAAAACUUUAAAUUUUUGGUUAUCAGCAAUCUCCCCUGAAGGUUACAUUUAAUCUGUAUCAGCAUCAGCUCCACAAAAUUAGCGGUCGAGUACUGGAAUCUACACAAUAAGGCGUGGAUGACCCAAUCAGCCAUUGUGCUGCACUGGGAUAUAUUGUUAUUGAGAAAAAGAAACAAUAUGUGACAGAAAAGCAACAGUGUGUUAAACCUACACCUCUAUAUAUAACUGUACACAAUUAAUGACUUAUGUAAGAGUGUAACCGAUUCCUCUCGGGAUGUUGUAGAAUAGAAUGUAUAUAUAAAUGGCAGAGGAGUAUAGCUGAUAUCCUACAGAAAAAAACACAAUGCAAUAGUGUAAUGCUGUAAAUGAACAAUAAAACUGUGCCAAUAAAGUUAAAAUCAUAAGAUCGCCUUAGGGUGCCUCCCCUUAGAUGAUUGGGGGGUAUAUCCAGAACUCCAUCCUAGCUGGUUAGUGGUGUCACCACAAUGUGGAAGUCCGGACUCCGGAAAUGGUAAAAAUAAUCUGCCUUUUAUCAUAAGUAUAAAAUGUAAAAAACAAAUAUGGUCCAACAUCCUCAGGGACGCAAUAAUAAAAACAAAUUGUAAAUAUAAAAUAUCCUAAAUAAAGGGACAAAAUAGCAGCACAGCCUCCCCAGUCCUUCCUUAUAUGUGGCUGUCAUUUCUUCCUAUUGGUGGUCCAGGGGGUGUUGUCCACACUGUCCAGCUGUUUCCUCAGUUGAUUUCCAUCACCCGGAAGCGACAUAGCUGAAGUGACGUCAUACGGAUCUGACACCCGCGAAAAUCAACUGAGGAAUCCUCUGAAACAGCUGGACAGUGUGGACAACACCCCCCUGGACCACCAAUAGGAAGAAAUGACAGCCACAUAUAAGGAAGGACUGGGGGGGCUGUGCUGCUAUUUUGUCCCUUUAUUUAGGAUAUUUUAUAUUUACAAUUUGUUUUUAUUAUUGGGUCCCUAAGGAUGUUGGACCAUAUUUGUUUUUUACCUUUUAUACUUAUGAAAUAAAGCAGAUUAUUUUUUUACCAUUUCCUGAGUCCGGACUUCCACAUUGUGGUGACUCCACCAACCAGCUGGGAGGGAGUUCUAAGCAUCUAAGGGGAGGCACCCUAAGGCAAUCUCAUUAUCUACAUCUUGUGACUUUAACUUUAUUGGCACAGUUUUAUUGUUCAUUUACAGCAUUACACUACUGUAUUGUUUUUUUGUUUCUGUAGACUAUCAGCUAUACUCCUCUGCCAUUUAUAUAUACAUUAUAUGGAGAAAAAGAACAACAUUCCUGAAUGUAAUCUGUAUGGGGAUACAUCUCAUAUUAUGAUAGUUGUUCCUGAAUAUAGUGACGGGAGGAUUUGGAGGCGCUGCCACAAUCUCUGGAUGACCUGAAAAUCCAGUCGUUCUUUGCAGAAGUUUUUUGCAGCGAGUACAGGAUAUUAUCGUUUGUGUUUGUUCAUAACAAACAUCGAGCUGUAUAUAACAGUAACUCACUGUUGAUAUAGACUCCUUCAGGGUGCAGUAAACUGUUUUAAAAUUAGCUGAAGUAAUUUGCCAUACUUCUAAUUCUAGGCAUUAUAGGUUCUGCCAAGUGACACCUCCCAUCAUAGUGUGCUGACAUCUGUGCUCUGACUGGCAGUGGGUUAUGGGAGCUGUAGUAGCUAUGGUGCAGUGACAAAUUAUGGUGCAUUCUGUUAUGGCUAGUGGUAGCUUGCUCAGUGAUUUUAGGGAUUUGACAGAACAUUGUGAAAGUGAGCUAGAUCUCUGGAUUAAUUGGAUAUGUUAAUUUAUAUGUACAUUAUCUGGACAGCAAUUCUUUAAAAGGCAAGGCUAUGUGUGUUUGUUUUUGCAAGUUUCAUUCCUCAUUAUUGGCUAAUUUCUGCUAGGCCGUCUGAAAUCUCAGAUCAUACAUCGCAAUAAUUGACAAACUGCUGCUGAUUGAUAAAAACCAGCACAGCACUUUGUGUUCUAGUAAACUCCCAGGGCCAUGGUGGCAUGAUUUGUGUUAUGAGAAUUCACAACGAUAGCCGAUAAUAGUGUUGCAUUCAGUGAUGCCCAAAAUCUACCCUUGGGCUGAAAUUAGCCAAUAACACAUUGGCAAGAAAUUUGCUUGAUGUGUGACUCUGUCCAGUUACUCCAGCGUAAACAUUCCUUAUUUGCUCUGAGUGCCAGUGCAGAUCACUUUGCCCCAAUUCAUAAAGUUGAAUUUUUAAGGAGAGCGUUUGACUCCUUGUCUCCCCCUUCCCAGGUCAUUCCGCUGGGACGCUGGCAGGAUUACAGCCUUCUUGAGAGAGUGGGAGAAGAUCGCCCAAGACAAGUGGGUAUUAUUUCUGCUCUUUGGUGUCCUUCUAUACUUUAUAACUUAUGGCCUUUGAGUGCCAGGUAGGUGAGCCACUGCACGUUUUGGAAUGCACAAUACACCCUUCUGGCACUUAAACAUUUCAUGUCUUUUGGGCUUUUAGUCCCCUCCCCUCUUUUCAAGAAUCUGCAAAUGGGCCAGUGGUUCUUUCCCCUAUGAUGCUAUGCAUUUGCCUAUGAUUUAUGAAGAUAGUGUUUAUUUUAAUGGCAUUUUCUCAUGAAUUGUUGAUUUUUGACAGUGUAAUAUUUUCAUGCUCUUACUCUUUCAUGGUAUAAGCGGCUAUGUUAGGGCCAGGACCAAUCUCUGUAAACAGAGGGCAGUCUCUGUUCAGGAAGUGUAACCUGUUUGUGUGAACCUCGGAGGGGGCAUGUUCCAGCAAUUCAAUUAAUCCCGCUAAACUGCUGUCCGUGCUCUCUUCAUAUGCUGGCAUUCAGGGGGUGUUGCAAUCACUGCAUACAGACAAUGUUUUCAUUGAGAAGUUCAGCUUGUGUUACUGACAACAAUGACAUUGCUUAUGAACAAGCACCUUUUAAGGUGGGAAACGGGUGAAGCUUUUGUGCUUCCAGACAACCAGCUUAUGCCCACCCCUUUCUUAAAGGUAACAAAUAAAGAAAUGGAAUUAUUUGAGGGAUUUUUACCCACAUUUGUGUUUAGUGGUGUCGGGAAUGUUAAUAUAGCUAUGAUACUUUCUCUGCAUGCUAGCAAGCCGUUUUAUAUUUAUAGGUCAUGAUACAUUUAACCCCUUAAGGACCAAACUUCUGUAAUAAAAGGGAAUCAUGUCAUGUGUCCUUAAGGGGUUAGUGUAAUUUAUGUAUGGAAAUCCGAACAUCCCCUUCCCCCAAAUAACACGACAUGCAAGACACCUCUUAUCACGUUGCGUGAUACAAAAAUUACAAGAGAGGAAGGAGUAAAUAAAUCUCAGAGAAGUGGUGUCUUACCUGGUGGGAUUAAACUGCUUUUCUCCGUUACGUAUGACUGUACCUGCUGAAUAACGCCAUAGCAGCCAUAGCACUGCAGUUAGACUACCGUGUAUUCUGACAGACACACAAUGCUUCAUAACGGUUUGCUUAGUGACGCCUUAAUAAUGGUAGAUGUGGCAUCGACACAUUAUAAACCUGUCUGUUGUUUACCAAUCUGAAUGUUUCUACUGAAAUAACAAAGUUACUGCUCUGUGUCUGUGCCAGUCUCGAAAGACAUAGUUUAAUAGUUGAUCUGUGAUUGGUAGGGGAUUGUGGGAGUUGUGAGUAAGCAAAGAUGGAGGAUUGUAGGCGGUCUAUUCCAGCUGUAUCUCCAUAUAUUUAAUCUAGCUUGCUGAGGAUUUGUGUGGUGUCGGCGAUACAGAGCAAUACAGCCCAGCAGGGGUAUGGGUAGCAAAUAUUUACAGGAUAUAAUGGAUUUCUAUAAAUAGAAUGCAUUUCUGAUUUCUGUCUCUUGAAAUGUACUUUGCAUAAAUCUAUUUAAACGAUCGUAUCAGAUGCAUUAAUAAUCGCUUGGUUAGAUAGAAGUAGUAUUAGAUUCGGCUGUAAUUACAGCUCAAAGCAUUGAUAGUUUUUCCGUAGGUGGUUCGCCAUCCAGGCAUUGGGUCACUUUCUAACGUACAGUGACCAUUAUUGAUAAAAGAAAAUACUGGGAGCAUACACGGUCAGUAGCCAAUCAGAAGCUAAGAUUUAAAGAGGUGUGCCCUUUAUCUCCUUGCACUCCAGUGUGCAUUGAUGAGCAAAUGCAUAUCUUUUGAAAAGCUCCAUUUUUAAUUAAAAUGAACUGGACAACAUAAUCUGUACAAUGAAAGAAUAGACCUCAACCGGUGAUGUGAUAUCUAUACAGCGUGAAUAGUUUUAAACCCUUUUGCUUAGUUUUUGGAAAAACCUGCUAUAUAGUUGCACGUUUGAUCCUCUUUAGUCACAUUUUGUUGCAUCCUUCGUAUCUGCCCCUUCAGGAGCUAGGGCGGGAUCACUUGCCUACAUGUAGAAUUAAAUAAUAUUAUCUUUCUUACUAUUUGUAGGAUUAGCCGUGCCUCGAGACAUUUGAGAGAUCCUGUAGUGGGUCCUACAUCUAGUAGUGUGCAAGCGUGGUUUAAGCCAAUAUCAUUCUUUUUGUGUCUUCUUUUUUUGCAGAUGUUUACCGUUCAGCUCACUUUAGGGGACCAGAACUGGGAGGCCGAAGGGACAAGUAUAAAAAAAGCUCAACAUGCUGCUGCUGCCAAGGCCCUGGAGGGGACAAAAUACCCCAAACCUACAGCCCGCCCAUCUCGCGGUGAGAUAAAAAACCCAGGUACAGGUUUACAACCCUCCACGGCAUGUAAACAUGUACUGCUUUAUUUUUUUACCUUAUUGUUUCCAAUUUGAAGUAACACUCCAAGCACCACAACCACUAACGUUCACUUUAGUAGCUUUUAUGCCAGUAGUACCCCUGCCCAACUCCCCAAUUGUAGGUAGUCAAACCGGUUUUGAAAUGGUUUGAUUUUUUUUUUAGCCCCCACUAGCUGCCUACAGCUAGGGACAGAGGCUUCCUACAGUGUAAUAAUACAGUUUGUGUUCCGUUAAAGUUAAACUGGUGAAUUUUCAUCAGAGGCCGUGUUACAAAAUCUGUUUUUAUAGUUUAUCUGUUGUAAAUUUAGUGUUUAAUUUGUCAGACUUGGUCCAUAUUUAAAAAGUUCUCUUUUAUUACUACUGAAGGAUUCGUUUUUAAAUUAAACGCUUACGUUCCUCUUUUCUACGUUUUUUGUUUUCUCCAACAUGUUUCCUAUUCACUGACUGAGAGAUAUGUAACAUAUAAGCUAAGCAAGCAAUAUGUAUUGCUUCCUUCAUAGAGAGCUAAAGACUUUCUGUUUAGUUUUGACAUGCACCCAGGGGUCGUUGUUUAACUUCCUAAUUGCAUGUGUUCACCCAGCCAACCCGCUAAAGCAUUUACAGUAAGAACCAUUAUUUGACCUAUUUACUAUGUCAUUUUAGUUGGUUAGAAUCUGUAUGCAGAUCAGAGGUUCAUUGGUUUGAUGUGAGGUGGUUUAUCCAGUUCUGAAAGAUGAAAACCAGUCUUCUGAAUGCCCGAUUGAUUUGUGUGCCUAUCUUUUCUACAAUUUACAGAUAGCAUAACACCUACCGUGGAGCUGAAUGCAUUGUGUAUGAAACUUGGCCGGAAGCCUAUAUACAAGCCCCUGGACCCAUACACAGGCAUCCGUUCGGCUUACAGCUACAACAUGAGAGGAGGCGGCUACCCUCCACGGUAUGUUACUGAAGGUAACCCAUUUGGGGUUUAAUGCUUGCUAGGCCCAGCAGGUGUUAGAAUUGAUUCAUAAAAAUAAAUGAUUUAAAAUUCUCAUGGUACCUUGCCAUACGCUGAAUCGCCUACAAGGUGUAAUUCAUCUGGACUUGGCCUUUCUGGUUCAGCUCGGCCUUGCAAAUUAAAUCCAACAUGUACCUGUCUCCAGCUAUGUUGAGCACAAAAUAAGUGACAUGGGUUUUUCGCAUUAGUACUUAGUCCUUUUAAUGAAUGAAUUUACUCUGACCACCAGGCCCUGAAUAAGAUGUAAAAACAUGGAUUGUACAGGCGUGUGAUUAGUGUUUUUUUUGGUUUCUUUCAUGUUGGUUAUUGCAUCUGUUGGUAAAACAAAUGCUUCCUACUUAGAAUAAAGCUCUAAUAUAUCCCUUUUAAUACAUCUCUCCAGUGACAGUUUGUAAUGUUAAUGAGAUGUAACUCUGAAGAGGCAAACUGUGCAUGAUUCUGUGCUGCUAAUGGAAAAUCUGGAUUUCAGAAUCCUGUGCAGGUUUGGAUUAUAAAUAAAAUCAGAAACUAAUCAUUUAGCCCUUAAACUGGGAAUUGUGGAAAAUUGAAAAAGUAAUUGCAAAAUAUUCUAUCUUCGCUAUAUUUAAGUGUAUAAAUCCUGAAUAAUGUAUAGUUCUUAAUGUAGUUAGGUGAAAACAAACACAUUAUUAUAGUGCAUUCUCUCUAAAAUGUAUAUUUCCUAAACUCGAAGGUACUUUUACCCGUUUCCGGUCCCACCCAUGCUUUAUCAAGUUGAGCUCUCUAUUGGUGGUCAAUUGUUUCACGGCAAAGGAAGGACACGGCAGGCAGCUAAACACGACGCAGCUGCCAGGGCGCUAAAGAGUUUAAAGCAUGAGCCGCUUCUUGGCAAACCAGAGGUACGGAUUUUAUUCAACAGGUAAUGAGUUACUAAACCACUGUAAUGCAAUAUUUGGGUUUUAUUAACAAGUGGGUCAUUUCUACUGAUAAAGGUGGAUUGUUAGCGUUUAAGUUUACUAAAAAUUAACGGUUUCUGCUCCAAUAAUAACUGAGUUUUAUAUGUGGUAAUAUAUUUGCCUUAUCUACAUUUUUACAGAGGAAUUAUUCUUGUCUAACGGUUGAGUUCUAUUUUUUUAUAUACCCUUUAGCUUAAUGGCAGAGUGCCUGAUGAGGAGAAUCUUAAUAAAUCUGAAAUAAGCCAAGUGUUUGAAAUUGCCCUUAAAAGGAAUUUACCUGUGAACUUUGAGGUAAGACCUUUAGCUUUCUUUCAGUAUGAGAAGUUGUGAGUGUCCUAAUCACAUACUAAUUAUAUAAGCUUACUGUUUGUUUUUGAAAUCUACAAAAUACUUUAUUGCAUUACAAAGUUUUAAUAGUUCAUCAGUGACCGACCAGUAAAAAUGCUUCCUAGAAAAUAUUGUCUGUGAGAAAAUGACAGUGUCUCAGAAAAUGUGUUUUCAUUUAAUUUAACCACAAAUAGUGCAAAUUUUGUUUUUAGGUUCCUGUUACUCUUGAGAUGAAAACUUAUUUAACUCUUCCUCGAGAAUUCCGCAAAGAUUGAAACUUUAAGGCAGAUUCAUCUGAAUUGCAACCCUGUGAUUGCUAACCUUUGCACCUCAUUCUUUUUUGGACUCCAUGUCCCAUGAUGUCCAGCCAGUGUUUUGGACUGGAAGUGUAGUUUACAAAAGUGCAUGGGGUUUAAAGGUUCGCCAUUGCUGAUAUUUUGGAAUGUCCUCAUUUGGUCAGAGGCCAAUUUAAAAAAAGUUACAGCUGUCCUUCUGUGCUGCCUUCCACAGGUCACCAAGGAGUGUGGCCCUCCGCACAUGAAGAGCUUUGUAACGAAAGUCUCAGUUGGUGAAUUUUAUGGGGAAGGGGAAGGGAAAAGCAAAAAAAUAUCCAAGAAAAAUGCUGCUAUGGCGGUGCUGGAAGAACUGAAGAAACUUCCGCCGCUACCAACGGUUGAGAAAAUGAAGCCAAGAAUUAAAAAGAAAACCAAAUCAAUUGUAAAGGUGAGUAACCACAGGAUAGAAUGCCUGUAUGGGGUGCAUUCCACAGUCUAGAAAACCUGAGAUAAGUUCAACCUUAUAUUUCACUACUGAGCGUUGGCUUUUGGAAUCCAGCAGAGUGUAAUAAUGGAAUAACACUGCCUGUUUUACCACGAUGACUUCGAGUUACAUUAGUUCAUCUGUCCAGUCACUCACAGUGAAUAGGUUAAACUAGGUGCUCUAGAGACCUUGUCAUUCUCAAAUUGCUGUCUAGAGUAUUGUUAAUCCCUUUAAAGCGAUAUUGAACACAGAAAGUUCUAAUGUGCAUGCAGAUGUUUUGUGACAUGACUUUUAAAGGGACACUUUAGUCACUAAAGUGUAUGGUGUACGGCUUAUUGUACGGUAUGCAGCUUAUUGUAUUUGAAGGGAAGUAUUCUACUCACCAGAACAGACUUUUUGCCGUAAACCAUAUCUUUUCAGAGAAAAUGCAGUGUUUACAUUAUAGCCUAGGGAUACCUCCACUGGCUAUUAGAUGUGCUUCCUGGGGCAGUGCUGCACAGUGUGACUGACAUUCAGUGUCUCCACCCUCUGCAUGGAGACACUGAACGUUCCUCAUAGAAAUGCAUUGGUUCAAUAUAUCUCUAUGAGGAGAUGCUGAUUGGCCAGGGCUGUGUUUGACUUCUGCUGUCUCUGCCCCUGAUCUGCCUCCUUGACAGUCUCAGCCAAUCCUAUAGGGAAGCAUUGUGAAUGGCUCACAGAAUUACUUCUGAUGCUGUUAGCCAAGCAGGCAGAUCAGGGGCACAGCCAGCAGCUGCAGACUUGAAUACAAGUAAGAUUUUAUUCUAAUUAGGGAGGCAUGGGGCGGAUAAAUGGCAGUUUUAACACUAUAGCAUCAGGAAUACAUGUUUGUGUUCCUUUAAUGGUGAAAUAUGCUGUGCUUAAAGGAAGCCGUAAGAUUAAAGGAAUGACAGGCCUUAAACAUUAUUCUCCACUGCAAGCUACAGUAUACCCUAAAUCAGGGCUUGACACAUUUUGUUUGGAAUCUAGGAGCCAGCUAGAAAAGUUAGGAGACAGUUUUUUUUAUUUUAAAGGGACACUAUAGUCACCAGAACCACUACAGAUUAACGUAGUUGCUCUGGUGUCUACAACCUGUCCCUGUAGCCUUUUCAAUGUAAACGGUGCAUUUUCAGAGAAAAGUCAGUGUUUACAUUACUGCCUAGUAACACCUCUAGUGACAGUCACUCAGAAGGCCACUGGAGAGUCCUGUGUCAGUGCUCUGCAUGGAGGCGCUGAAUGUUACCCAUACAGAACAUGCACAAUAUUCUCCCAAUGCUUUUCUAUGAGAAAGUAUUGGCUUAGAUGAGAUCAUAAAGAUUAAUUAACUUGGCUAUGGAGGCAGGACAAGCCACGGCAAAACUAGCAUGGCGUGGGGAAAAAGGUGAGUAAAAAUACCAGUCAUGUGAUCAGAGGUACCUAAACAGACACACACUCUCUGACAGACACACUGGCAAACAUACACAAACAAUAGCACACACUGACAGAGACAUACAUACAUACACACAUUUUCUCACACACUCACAAAUUUGGGAGAGCUGAGUGGACUUUCCCUGGGGUCCAGCGUGCGAUUGAGCAGUAAUCUACCUGCAGCUCCUCUCUGCUCCCUGUAGUGAUGCUGGGGCCGGAAUGACGUCAUCAUUAAACAGCGUGAGGGAGCAUAGUAGAUCGUUGCUCCCUCCCGCACUGCAUCAGCCGGCCGUCUCCAUAAAUCCCUGGGUGGCCGGCUACAACUCUCCUUGAACCGUCAAUCUCCAUAAAGCUCAGGGCUCCAUUAUUUGCCCAGCCGGCCGCUAUAGGAAGAAGGUUGACAAAUUCAAGGCACCAGGUCGAAAUUUCUAGUCGCCAUGGCGACCUGUCGCCUGGGAUUUGUUGAGCCCUACCUUCUCCAAUGGCUGCAGAAUGGAAAUCCAAGCUUAAUGAAGCAGUUUUGGUAUAUAGACCAUGUGCCCCUCCAGUCUUGCUGCUCAAUUCUUUGCCAUUUAUGAGUUAGAAUACGGUUUUUGUUUAUACAGCACUAGACACACCUCCCCUGAUUGUGACUGACACAAUGUACAUGAAAGCAUGAUUUCAUUUUCACGUCAGAUGUGACGGCACUGUGUGUUUACUUUGGAAGUUUUUGUCUCGAGCUGUUUUACUUGACCUUUUAAUCACACACAGGAAAUAAGAAAUUCUAAAUUAAACAGACUGCAAUAAAGGAAGUUUUAGAUCUCUUUAAACAGGAAGUUUGUAGGGAGACUGUGGAGUUAAUGUGCAGGGGAGGAGUUACUAGGGCCGCAUGAACAAAAUGAAUGGAGCAGUUAGACUGCAGGGGUAUGAUCUAUACACCCAAACCUAUUUGUUAAGCUAAAGUUGUUUUGUUGCUUAUAGUGUCCCUUUAAAAGAGGACGUGAUAGGGUUAGGAACACAAACAUGUAUUCCUAACCCUCUAAUGUUAAAAACUCAUUUAGUGUAGUUGUUGUGAUUAUAGUUUCCUUUUAAGGUGUAACUAGAUUUCUCAACUGUAGUCUACCAGGCUUCAUAACAUUCAAAGUCAGUCAGAUAGAAUUGUGUAGAAAUGUAGAUUCCAAUAAAGCAAUUCCUUCUCGUUGUAAAAUGCAGUGAUAAUUUGUUUUGUCAGAGUUUGACUAGCAGAAAAUAGGUGCAUUCAUAGCAUUUGUAUUUAAAAAAUUUAUUUUUUUAGCUUUCUUAAAAGUAACAUUUCAUGCACUGUAAUUGCAGUGGUUAUAGUGACUGGAGUCUCCUAGCUCCGUCAAUUCAUUCAGCAUUAAAUCUUGUAAUCAUGGGUCCCUAGCAUGGCAUCCCCUGUGUGCUGCUUGUACUAGUGAGGAGCAUUAGUCUGAGCAGCAAUCCAUGACUGUAAUUGGCUGAGUGUUUCAUCUGAUAGCAUUCAUCCUAUCACAGUCCUGGCAUGAAUCCGUAUGGCUGGAAGGGGGAAAAUGGUUUAACCCUGAAAGGAGCGCACCAGAGGACUCAGAGUGUUAGAACCAAUUUAAAGAGAGGAAAUGCUUAUAGAGCCUACAGUGUGGCUAUAAUGUCCUGAAUAACAUACAUGUGGUUUGCAAUUCAGAAUCAUAUUGUUUUGUGGUUUCUGUUUGUUUUUUCCUGUGAAAUCUCAUUUGGGCUGCUUUCCAGAGUACGAAGAUGUAACGGUUAUUUUGUUUUUAAUCUUGCAGCCCCCAACAAGCCCGGAGUAUGGUCAAGGAAUGAAUCCCAUCAGUAGACUAGCUCAAAUUCAACAAGCAAAAAAAGAUAAAGAACCAGAAUAUGUGCUAAUCACAGAGAAGGGACUCCCGAGGCGCCGGGAGUUUGUCAUGCAGGUGUGUUCUUGUCCACAAGCUUUUCGUGGCUUUUUACUGUGUUACACCAUCACUCCACACUCCCUUCUUAUGUUUCUGGAGCGAACGAAUGCGAAUACAUUGUGGCUCGGUUUUUCCGUUUGCUUGGCAGAGACUGUACCGAGCAUAGGCAUGUGUGUGACAUCUUGCAUGCAGACUUGUUUCAAUAAUUAUAUUCUCCUAAACAAAGCAACUGGAAGACCAGAAUGUGCUGCAAAAUCCCAAGAACAUCCUGAAUAAGGUUGAGAUGACUUGGUAGAAGAUCAGAGCCCAUAGAUUUUUAUAUUUAAUCUGUUUACCAUCCAAUUGUUUUCUUUCUUUCUAUCAACAGGUCAAAGUUGGAUCUCAAACUGCAGAAGGCUCAGGCACCAAUAAGAAAGUAGCUAAACGUAAUGCUGCGGAAAAUAUGUUGGAGAAGUUAGGCUUCAAAGUCCCACCUCCUCCCCCGAAAUCUGCCAUUAAAACAGAUGAAAAGGUUAGUUGGGCAUUAUGUUUGUAUGGCAUAGUUUUCACUGCCCCUAGUUUACUUAAAUGGUAAUAUCAUACAAAUGCUGACCCUACUAGUGAGACAUGUGUAACAUAUUCUGUGAACAAAGAAAAAUCUCCAGUACGUUAAAAAGUAAAAUCUUUAUUCAGUUAAAUUGAAAUCCCUAAGAAAUAAAUCCAACACACUGCAGUCAUGGAUGCUAUAGAGCGCCAUUUACUGUGCGCCGUGUCUUCCUAACGUGGCCAUGGUCUUACUAACGCGACCGUGGUCUCACUGUACGCCGGGUCUUGCUAACGCGGCCGCGGUCUCACUGUACGCUGGGUCUUACUAACGCGGCCGUGGUCUCACUGUACGCCGGGUCUUACUAACGCGGCCGUGGUCUCACUGUACGCCGGGUCUUCCUAACGUGGCCGUGGUCUCACUGUGCGCCGGGCCUUACUAACGCGGCCGUGGUCUCACUGUACGCCGGGCCUUACUAACGCGGCCGUGGUCUCACUGUACGCUGGGUCUUACUAAUGCGGCUGUGGUCUCGCUGUAUGGCAUGUCCUACUAACGCGACCGUGGUCUCACUGUACACCGGGCCUUACUAACGCGGCCGUGGUCUCACUGUACGCCGGGCCUUACUAACGCGGCCGUGGUCUCACUGUACGCCGGGCCUUGCUAACGCGGCCGUGGUCUCACUGUACGCCGGGUCUUGCUAACGCGGCCGUGGUCUCACUGUACGCCGGGUCUUGCUAACGCGUCCGUGGUCUCACUGUACGCUGGGUCUUACUAAUGCGGCUGUGGUCUCGCUGUAUGCCAUGUCCUACUAACGCGGCCGUGGUCUCACUGUACGCCGGGUCUUGCUAACGCGGCCGUGGUCUCACUGUACGCUGGGUCUUACUAAUGCGGCUGUGGUCUCGCUGUAUGCCAUGUCCUACUAACGCGGCCGUGGUCUCACUGUACACCGGGUCUUACUAAUGCUGUUGUGGUCUCGCUGUAUGCCGUGUCUUACUAGUGCGGCCAUAGUCUCGCUGUACGCCGUGUCUUACUAGUGCGGCCGUGGUCUCGCUGUACGCCGUGUCUUACUAGUGCGGCCGUGGUCUCGCUGUACGCCGUGUCUUACUAGUGCGGCCGUGGUCUCGCUGUACGCCGUGUCUUACUAAUGCGGCCGUGGUCUCGCUGUACGCCGUGUCUUACUAAUGUGGCCGUGGUCUAGCUGUACGCCGUGUCUUACUAAUGUGGCCGUGGUCUAGCUGUACGCCGUGUCUUACUAGUGCGGCCGUGGUCUCGCUGUACGCCGUGUCUUACUAGUGCGGCCAUGGUCUCACUAUACGCCGUGUCUUACUAGUGCGGCCGUAGUCUCGCUGUACGCCGUGUCUUGCUAAUCUAAAGCAGUGUGACAGUCCGCUCCAGCCAAGGCUCUGUUCAGACAACUAUGAUUUAAAAGGGGGGGGGUGGAGGGUUAGAAACUGUACAAUGGGUUUACUUGAAGCUUUUGUUGCAGGCACCCAUGAAGAAACCUGGAGAUGUAAGGAAAGUAACUUUUUAUGAGCCGGGAUCUGGAGAAGAAGUCAAUCGUAAGUUUUGAGGUUUUAUCAUUCAUUGUUUUUGUUUUUAAAAUCUUUUUUAUUUCUCACAGGGUCUAAAGAAUAAGCUUUUAAGUUGAAAUUAUUUGUACAAUCUUGUUUUUUGUUUAUUUUAAUGCAAAACUCUGAUAUACAUUUUCUAUAGCUAAAGGCAUUGUGUCCUAGCGCAAACUGCGGGUUGCCAUUAGUUUGUCACGUUAUGUUGGUUUAUGAUUCAUGGGUCGUAUUCCAGCUGCAUUCUGAUUGGCUGAAUGCUUCGAGCAGCAAAUCAGAAUACAGCUAUUAUUUCAAACUGCUAAGUUUUUGCUUAAACUUCCUCUCUACAGCAUUUUUCUGCACAUGACUUUUUGCAGCAGUAAUAAACAAAAAUCAUCAUAACGUGAUUUGUUUUUCGAUUUUGUUUUUCUGAAGAUAACAAGGAUGAAGAGUUCCGGAUGUCCUAUCACAGCCAUCAGCAGCUCCCCGCUGGGAUACUACCCAUGGUUCCAGAAGUUGCCCAAGCUGUUGGGGUUAAUAAAGUACUUCACACCAAAGAUUUCAAUAGGGUGGCCCCCAACCCAGUGAAUGCAACAGUGACUGCCAUGAUUGCAAGAGAGCUCCUGUACGCCCGCACCUCCCCCACCGCAGAAACCAUCUUAAAGAAUAAGAACUCUCCCUUACCCCAUAGUCCACUAACCAGGCCCUCUGAGCAGCUAGCAUAUCUAUCCAAUGUCCAAGAAAUACAGGUAAAUCACUGUAUAGAGAACACGCAAAUGUGACUACACUGGUUUCUGGGUUUGGCUGAACAUCUUGGGAAAUGCUACCAAAUCAUGUAUUGCCAAGAAUUUCAGUCGUCGUAUUCGAGCCCCAAGCUUACAUUUUAUCUUGACCUUUUAAGUAUCUGGUAUUUACAAAUUACCUAAAUAAGCAGAUUAUUUGUAUCUAGAAAGUACUAUGCAAAUGGCAUUGCUUAAUGUCAACACAUCAAUAUUUAUGCUGAUCUUCGUUUAAUAGACAGUCUAAAAUUAGUUUUGUAAUUUAGCAGAAAGAGCAGAAUGCAAUAAUUAUUUUAUUUGGCACUUUAGAAACUUGCACAGGAGGGCUUGGGUCAUGAUUGUGUACCUCUGCCUUCCUUAUAUAUACAUCACUGGGCGGGAAGGGUAUACGGGUGAAGACCGUAGUUUGUCCUGAGACAGCUUUCGACCCUUAAAGGAUAUAAACAUGUACUCCCUGCCCCCUUUUCUCCCUCGCAGAGACGGUUUUGCCAUGGCUGUCCCCGUCUCCAUGGCUGAGUUCAUCAGUCUUGAUGAUUUCAGCAAGUCCAAUGCUUUCCCAUUUGGAAACCAUUGAGAGGCUAUUCCGCAUACGAGCAAAACACUGCUUUGCGCCAAUCUGCAUCUCUGUGGGGAAAGUUUAGCGUCUCCAUGAAGAGCGUGGAAACGCUGAACGCCAGUGUUGCGCACUGUGCAGCACUGAGAAGGGAAAUUAUCUAGUGGCCAUCUGAGUGACUGCAUCUAGAGGUGUUCCUAAGCCAGCAGUAUAAAAAGGCAUUGUUUACAUUGAAAGGUCUGCAGGGACAGGAUAUAGACACCAGAACCAGUACAUCAAGCUGUAUACUGCACAUUAAGCUGUAUACUGCACAUUAAGCUGUAUACUGCACAUUAAGCUGUAUACUGCACAUUAAGCUGUAUACUGCACAUUAAGCUGUAUACUCCACAUUAAGCUGUAUACUCCACAUUAAGCUGUAUACUCCACAUUAAGCUGUAUACUGUACAUCGAGCUGUAGUGGUUCUGGUGACUAUAGUGUGCCUUUAAUCGUUCCCCCUCUUCCUGCAGCCUCUCCUUCCCCAACCAGGCAGUCAGCCCAAUUGGGGAACUUCGUAGGUUUGGAUAAAUCUGCUUUGAGCCCCCUUACCCAUCAAUGUAGGUUACAAACUUAAUCUCUGAUCCAACAUAUAGAUAAACUGUAAACACUGGGAGAGAUGCUUUGCCAACUUACUAGCCGGUAAGUGGCCGUCACAAUGAGAUUGUUAUACGUGAAAUGUACUGGCUCUCUGUGUUUACUGUUACCCACCAGUUGGCUCUGUCACUACUAGUGUGUACUACUAUAAAAUCUCCCAUGUGACUUAAUGUACGGAAUUAUUGGAGAUUGCUGUUAAUGACAGUCGCACCGGUGAGGUAGACGGCUAGUGAUAAUUACUAAAAGCCCAGUAUCACACUUUCAAUGCUGUAACUACUAGUGGAAUCUUUACAUGGGGCUAGAGGCUUAGAACUUCACUUUUGGAGCCCUCUGUAAUUAUUUCAAAUAAAAUCGUGUGUUCACAUAGGAUAGGCUGGUUAAGCAUCCUGGGAGCUGUAGUUCUAGGAUGCUGAGGAUAGCUGUGUGGAAACACAACUUUUUCUUGUAAGGAUAUGGUUUUGCUGAUUGUCGAUUCCUCCUAAUUGUGUGCUUUAUUCCUAGGUCGAGUAUAAAGAUUUCCCCAAGAACAAUAAAAAUGAGUUUGUGUCACUAAUAAACUGUUCCUCUCAACCUCCACUAAUCAGUCACGGGAUUGGGAAAGACGUGGAAUCUUGUCAUGAUAUGGUAAAGUUCCCCUCAUUGUUGUGUCAUAUAACGCUUUUAUCAUUUAUGUCUAAGGUGCUGAAAUAGUGAUCUGGUGCUGAAACUGGCCAAAAUCUCUGAAGCCAUUCUGCUGCUGUGAUUUUAUAUAUCUUCUGUACAAGAUGGAAUUUCAAAGAAAUUCUAGUGAAACAAAUUAUCUUCUGGAAGACCAAUAGAGGCAGAUGUAGAUAAAUGUUCUUUAUAGUAUAAACAAAGCCCAGUUAAGAUGGGAUGGACUUGACUGGCUUAAUGUUUGGUAUUUUUUGUCACAUCUGACUUAAUGGAUUCACUGUAACUCCCAGUGCUCUCUGGCUGUUUAUAGAAUUGGGUAUUAGUCAUGUUUUAGAUUGUUUAGACCCCUGCCAUCCAGGAUUAUUUAAUAAGAAAUGCCAAAGGCUGUUAUUUCGAUUGAAUGAUCUGACCUUUUAUAGAAACGAGAGUCCCACAAAACAGACAGAAUUACCUUUUAGAUAAAUAUGCCGCGUCUUCAGGUUAUGACGCACGGAGUUAAAUGUUCUCAUGUAGAUCAUUAAAUUUGCGUUUUGUAGAAGAAUAUCACCAAAACACAUGGUAAUACAUUUUAUUAUGACGGAUUUUGUGUAAACAAGGCUCUGUUGAUAUAUUAAAAAUGUGUUUGUGUCUGCAUGUAUGUAUUCUUUAUUAAUAAUUUGUGACUAUUUGUGCAGUUUUCCCAGAAAGUGUUUAAAAUCCCAUCAGUGCUCAGUUAAAGAUGGUUUAUGGGCUGUAAUUUUUCAUCUAAAACGUGGCCUUUGGAGAAAUCUGUCGUGCUGCCAUUUUGACUGAUCUUCAGUCACAAUCAUUUUUUUUAUCCUACCCAAGAGCUCUCUCGCUGGCUGCUGCUGCACAUUUUACAGAUGUCACCUCUGAGCUAGCGGCUUUUGCUGUGGAAUUGUCUGUUCUUGGCCAACCCUACCAGCAAUUGCGCAGUCCUUUUGUUUUUUUUGUAAGGAUGAAAGAAAGUUGCCUGGCUUUACACCACUAGAUAUGUGAUGACAAGUGGCAUUAUCGCUCUGUAAAUGCAAGGGACAGCAAUCUUGGGUCAGAUAACAGACCAUUCAAAACAAAGAUCUCUCAGAAUGGCUGUGGACACGGGGAGGGAUAGAAUUUAUUUAAAAUAAAACUCUAGCAUUUUAAAGCAGAAACAAAAUGAAAGUCAGUGCUUCAGACUUUAAAAAAAAAAAUGGAAAGCAAAAGUUUUCUUUUAACAUCAUCUUUGGUCAGAAGCAAUGCUUAUUCGAAGAUCGUGCAGGUAAGAGAUACAGAAAGAAGCCAUGGUAAAAAUAUUGCAAGGAGCAAUGAUUUCUUAAUUCUGAUAUCAUGCAUUUAAAUAAAGCAUCCUGUGCCGGUUUAGUCUGGUCAAACUGGACUUAAUCAUCGGUCAGAUAAUUGACACUUCUGGCCAAAGAGGACUUAAAGAUGGCUGCUUCCAGUGCACAGACAAUGUCUUUAAAUGCAAUGAAAAGAGCUGUUUACUAAAAUGUAUGCAUUAAAAACAAUACAUUGAGAUUAUUUUAUGUAAGGUAAAAAGAGUAGCUGUAUUAUAUUUCAUUAGAUUCACCAUGUGCUCAUGUAUUACUUUAUUAUGUUUAUGAAGGCUGCAUUGAACAUCUUGAAGUUGCUGUCUGAGUUGGACCAACAAUCUACAGAGAUGCCAAGGACAGGAAAUGGACCAAUGUCUGUGUGAGUUCCUCUCCUUUUUUACACCGUGUAAUAGAAAGAUGGGAAUUUAAGAGCUGUGUCUGCUUUGUUUGAAUGAAGACCACGGUAACAUGUCAUACAGGGUGCCUUACAUCUUUCACUCGCUAAGGGGCACUCACAUUGAAAGAGACCCAGAACAGCCCAUGUGAUGGCUCAGCUGGUUAAUACUCUUCCUGUGUUUAGCACUGGAACUACACAAUUGCAGUGACCUGAAGGUAAACACCUUUCCACAGUUAAGAAGAAGAAACUAUAUGUAGGAAAGUGUCUCUAAUAAUCUCAUGUGUUGAGCAGAGAGGGCACCUGCCCUUCCUCUGGUAUAGUUCUACCAUGGGAAUUCUACAUAAAAUGUGCAGGGUUUUUCUGUAGGGGAAAAUAUUUUACUUGUCUGUCUUGUCUCUUCAUGAGAUCUAGCCGUUUUGCUGAUCAGAGAAGGGAUAUUCAGUGCUGUAUUAGGAGACUAAAAAUCUGCUCUCUCAUAGCAUGUUGUGUGUAUGGACAGGACACAUGCUAACUGUGCAUUAUGAAAAGGGCCUCAAAUGAUUUCUCUGCUUUUUGUAUAUAGAUAUUAUUUGAUAUUUAUAUAGUGCCAGCAUAUUCUGUUGUACAAUAGACAAAUAAUGAACACAUACGAUAACAAAAACAGCAGAGGACACUGUGUGCUUACAAUCUAGCAACUGCAGUACUUUUAUAAAAAAGUGUUUAGCAAGAUAACAUGUGAACUGACAAUCUAAAGCUAUAUAUGGGGAGUUGACACGUAAUGUUGCAGCAAUGCCCAGAGAGCAGGGGAAAUAUGCAAACACAGUGUAGUAUGAUGUCUACGUGUUCGGUUUUAUCCUACUUUUGUUUGCCUUCAUCCUGUUUUGAAUAAAUGUUGUUCCAACAUUUUUCUUUUUUUUUUUUUUUUUUAAACAAAGUGUUUGGUAGUGAAAGAAUUAACGUAAUAGAGAAAUUAACAGGGGAAAUAAAGAACAAAACAAACUCUAUGCAAGAUCUUUUAAUAAUAUGGCACACCUUGCAUCUAAAUGAUUUGAUAUGUAAGUAAAUAUCUGCCUCGGUUUAAUGUAAAGAUCUCUCCUGCAGAUGUGUGAAGGCAGAAAUUGAAAAUGACACUCUCCUCAAAACGGCUAACUCAAACAUGUUGGGACAAACACUGGACAGUACUGCCUGAAACCCAAACGAAGAUCUCCAACAGCCUGAAAGCACCAUAGAAAAUCAAACUCUCUCGUAGUCUGACCGUUUUAUUGCCGAAUGCUACCACUGAGCACAAGUCAUGGGUGACCCCUGGCUCCCUAACUCUUGUUUGACAACACCCCCCACCACUCAUUUCACUCACUGAAGGAUGUUCUUGUCCUACAGGUAGGGCAUGGGUGUCCAAUUGCGGCCCUAUAGCUCCCAUAAUUUUUAGCCACUCUAAGAUUGUAAUAUAGUUGGAGCGUCGCAGUUAGUCUUGCAGGAGUUAGAAGAGCUGCAGACUUGUCAUCUGUAAUCAAUUAUAGCAGUGGUUAAAUUAUAAAAUUAUUUUUUACUUGUGUAUACUUGAUAAUUUUAGUUUUUGAGUUUCUUAAUUGUACCCACAUUGUUCAAUUUAGAAACUUUUGAUACAUUUCAUUCUUUGAAAGAUCAUAUCCUGAUGUAGUCAUAUAUACAAUACGUAUGUAAUUUUUAUUUAUUUUUACUUUACUUUUUUUUUUUGACAAUUCGUGAAUGUUAGUUCACUUAUGUAAUGUGUGCCCUCCAUUAAAAAAAAAUAUAUAUAAUAAAAUUCUGUCUGACAAAUAGAGGAUUAAAUAUCCAAUAAAAUAUUAAAAUAACUUUUUUUUCCCCUUUUAGUAGUUGUAGACAGUAUUGAAUAAUUAGAAUUUUUUAUUUUAUUUAAUUUUUUGCUUUUUUUAUAUAUAUAUAUUUUGUGUGUGCAUUGAAAUGUAACAUUUGUGAGGCACACAAGCUAUAUCACUGCAUUUUGGGGUAUGAUCUCAAAAGUAUUUAUCAACUGCAGAUUUGAUUUUCCUUGAGUGCUUUUAAGAUGUUUAAUUACAUAUCCAUGUAGGGCUGAGAAAAAUGACUCUGUUUAUAUAUAAACUGUAUUACUAUAGAUGUUGUGUUAUUGCGCGUAGAAAUGCGUGCAGUAAAUAUUCGCAUAUGGUCCGUUCAAGCACGAUCGCUUUGCAAGUUAAGUACUGCUUCAGUUCAUUGUUUACGCUGGAAUUUUUUCUCCCCAUGGAAUGUAAGUCAAACGUAGUGUUUGUCACAAUAACGUAAAAGGAAAAAAAAAUACAUUAAAAAAAAUAUAUAAAUCAAACUACUCCUUGAGAGCCUGCGUCUCUUUUUCAAAUGUACGAAAAAAGUGUAGAGUUUGGUAAAUAAAACAGCCGGG